AGCAAAUCUUAUUAUCAUAGUAAAAAGACAGUGAGAGUGUUUUUAGCCUCCCUGAGAGGCUCUUCUUGGACUCACAGCCAAGCCGUGGUCAUUUACAUUUUGAUUUCAUGCUGGCAGCAGUCGAAGCUGUAUUUGCACUGAGCUGAGAGCGACACGUUGAAGUGGCUCCGACCAUAAAGUCAGUCAUCUCUCCGAUGCAGAUGCCAACCAUCAUGGCCUCCAGCAUCUCGGUGAGAAGUUUCUCCAUGAACCGUCAGCCCUCCUUCUCCAGCCGCUCCCUGAUGGACACCAGCAGGGCUCGCUCCCGGGCCUCCGUCUCCUUCGUGGCCGCCAGCCCGCUGAGUCGCUCAGCCUCCAUCGGCCAGGAUCUGAACGGGCCAAUCAGCCUCCAGCUGAACGGCCUGCAUGGCAACAGCACCAACGAGAAGGAGGCCAUGCAGAGCCUCAACAGCCGCCUGGCCAACUACCUGGACAAGGUGCGCUCACUGGAGCGCUCCAACGCCGACCUGGAGACGAAAAUCAAGCAGCUGAUGCUGGACCGCGUCCCCAAAGGUCAUGACCUGGAUUCCAUGAUGGCCCAGGCCCACGCUGUGGAGCAGGAGGUGAGGAAGAAGACCUUGGAAAACGCUCGUCUCAUGUUAGAGAUUGAUAAUGCUAAACUGGCUGCUGAUGACUUCAGAAUCAAGUGGGAGACGGAGCUGGUGAUGGGUCAGUCUGUGGAAAGGGACUGCGUCGCUCUGAAAAAGGCUAAGACGGACCACGAGCAGAUCAUCGCCUCUCUGAGAGGGGAUUUGGACAGCCUCAAAGAGGAGCUYUACUUCCUCAAGAAAAACCACGAGGAGGAACUUGAGCAGAUGAAGUCCCGCAUCGCCAGAGAUGAGGUGAACGUCGAGGUGGACUCUGCUACCGGGCCGGAGCUGGGAACCGUUCUGUCUGAGCUGCGCUCCCAGUAUGAGGGGAUUGUCAAGAGGAACAAGGAGCAGGCGGAGCUGUGGUACCGCAAGAAGCUGGAGACGGUGCAGAAUGAGGUGAAGGAGAGCAACGAGGCCUUAAGAGGAGCCCAGGGAGAGCUGGUGGAGAGGCAGCGCUUCCUGCAGACCCUGGAGGUGGAGCUGGAGAGUCUGCACAAGCAGAUAGCAGCUCUGGAGGGGAACCUGGGCGAGACGGCCCACAAGUAUUCUGCAGAGAUGGAGCGGCUGCAGGUCACCCUGAACCAGAUGGAGGAGGACCUGUCUCAGCUCCGGCUGGACAUGCAGCGCACCAAAACCGACUACGAGCAGCUGCUCCGCAUCAAGCAGAACCUGGAGAUGGAGAUCGCGACCUACAGGCGCCUGCUGGAGGGCGAGGAAACAGGAGCCUGACGUCCGCACCAGAAAGAUUGUGAAGGUGGUGACUCAGACGAUGGUCAACGGAAAAGUCGUGGAUGAAUCCAGCGAGGUGGAGCAAAUCGAGGAAUCAAAGAAAUAGAAAAAGAGGGAGAGAGAGGGUGGAAAUGUGAAAGGUUGAUGUUUAAUAGGUUUUAAUAGCAAAAACACACGAAAAAAUAUAGUUUUGAUAGCCUGGAAACUAAAAGUGACAAUGUAGGAUUGACUUGCAGUUUUACUAAAGAAAAAAAAUUAUUGGAUUUCUUUACAAUAAAGGUUCUGUUUCGUAAAACUGUUGGUUUAUCAGUAACACUGGAUAAAUAUAGAAAACUUUGACUAAACCUGCUUGUGUUUGAAUAGUUAGAGGUUUGUGUGAGAGCAACUGACUAACAAAUAGUUUUGGUUUAGCCUACCUAUAAAAGUCUGAGGAGUUGGUAUUUAUUUAAUGUGUGGAAAUAGACUAAUAAAUAUACUUGUUUUACUAGAAUAACUUUUAUUAACGUUGGUGUUUUUUGACCGUACUAAAUAAAAAUAAUAAAAUCACUUCAUAAACAAG